AUGGAUUUACCUAUCAACUACCUGUCUUCUUGGUGUUCAUUUUUCAAGAAAAAUUUACAACUACCAUAUUUCAAAAUGUCUGAAUUUUGGGUAUCCCAAGCAAAACACUGGUGUCAAUAUUGUCGAAUUUACAUUGCAGAUAAUAAACCUAGCCGUUCAAUGCACGAAAGCGGAAGAAAGCAUAAAGAAAAUGUCGAAAAAUUUCUACGAAACAUUUAUCGCCAUGAAGAAGAAACUAAGAAAGAGGAUGAUAAAGUGAAACGAGAGUUGCAAAGAAUCGAGCAUGCUGCAAUGAGACAAUAUAAAAAAGAUGUAGGCUUAGCAGAAACGGGUGCAUCUCUUAAUACAUUACGGUCUGCGAUUGAUAGUGCUGUGGCUAGUGCCCCACCUCCAUCUACUGAUGAACGAGAAGCAUAUUAUAAGACAUCGUUACCUUCAUCUUCAACUUUACACUAUUCAAAUACUGUUGCUGCUACUGCAUCAGAAUCGGAUUCAUUAGUAACAGUAACAUCAAUAGAAACAACAGAGGUAAUGACAGAAGAUUCUCAGAUAGCAAUUGUAGCUCCUCCAAAUAAACCAGAAGAUCGAGGUGAUGGAUCUGAACCUGUAAUAGGAGAGUGGAGACCGGUUACUCCACCACCACUGCCAUUACCAGUAUCAACAGAUGCAACAGCAGCUUCUUCGAAACAAGGAGGAAAAUCCGAUGAUAAAACCAACAUAGUAGAGAAAACAUUACCAAUUAAUAACGACAAGAGUAUUGCUGUUGAAAAAGUUACUUUGAAAAAACGGAAAAUUGACAAAGGAGGGAAACAACCAAAAAAGAUUCGUAAAAAGUCUUAUGACUAG